GCGCCAAACCCCCCAAAAAGCUGAGCGCGAGAGUCUGCAGUUCACAUAGUAACCAUAUCAACACACUGCAGAUACAGCAGUUACUGACCCGGAUAUCUGCUGAAAACACCGGAGAAACACCGAACAACCCGAAACACAUCUUUACCGGAGCGGUAGUGAGAUGAAGAAGCGCGGGGAGAGGGUCAGCAGAGAGAGGAGGGGGUCUGGACUGGAGGAGGAGCCGCUGAAGACUGAAGGACGGAACAUACAGGAAAAAAGCCCAGCCCAAACCAUAGAGGACUACCAGUGCUCUGGAAACGUGGAGCUGGACUUCCCAGAGCUGUGUGCUUUACAUGGCAUGAGGGAAAUCCCUCUUGUAAAGCUGAAACAGCCAUUGGUAUCGUCACCUCCUACAGACAGCGGAGAAACAGAGGAUGGCCAAAUUUUGUCUGAAAACCCAGUGACAACAUGGUGCCCUAAACCCUGCCUUCAGGUAGAGCUGGAGAAUGAGGACCCUCAAAGUGCCAAGAAAAUCAUUAUAUCUGGUUGGAGGGUGGACGAGAUGAUGGUUCAAGUGCUAAAUAAGACGUUACCAUCCCUGAGCAACUUACAGUGUCUGAAGAUGUGGCGAACUGGAAUAACUGAAAAUAUUUUGACUUCCUUGAGGAACACCAUUAUUAUGUGCACAAACCUCAGGACAGUCAUUUUGGAGGGAAAUCCAAUCCCAGAACAGAGUUAUCACAUCCUUAUGGGAGAGGACAGUAUGAUCAACCAUCUAUCUUUGCGAAACAACCGUAUUGGAGAGGAGGGAGCACGUUUGAUUGGUUCAGCUCUUUCCACAGUUCACUCUGCCAACAAGAAUCUUCUGACACUUAACAUGGCCUUUAACUGUAUUGGUGAUGAAGGUGCCAUUUACAUUUCACAGGGGCUGCGUUUCAACCGCACUUUGUUGUGUCUCUCUCUAGCCAACAACCAAAUAGGAGAUACAGGAGCAAGCAGUCUGGCUGAGGUGCUUGGCCCCUUUGCUCUGACACAUGAAGAAAUUAUUGAAAGGAGGCAGUUGAUGGUGGACCAGUUGUCGUCUCAGGCAGUUACUGCAGUCUCUAAAUGUGAGGGCUCUCUCUCCGUCCCUAGUAGCUCAUCAAUCGACCACAUGAAUAAGGGAUCCAAAAGCAUUCCUAAGAAAAAGGAUUCUUUAAAAAAGGAGGAGAAACCAGCAGCAAGUCAAACAGUGGGCAAUGCAGGAAAAAAAGAAGACGCCAAGCUGGCCAAGAAAGAUACUAGGGUGACACGUAGUAGAGGAGGAAAGUCUGGAGGGAAGGACAAGUCUCUGUCAGGAUCAGAACAAGAGGACAAGAGCAACUGUGCACAGAAGACAGGAGAGGAAGCACUAAACCCUUUGCUAGAUCCUGACAUUCGACACGCUGACGGGAAGGUAAUUCACCCAGGAAACAACACACUUAUCUCCCUCAAUCUGUCAGGCAACAAACUGACAGAACAGUCAGUACAGAAGUUCUUGUCGUCUGUGGUUGGCCAAGAUGAAGGAGGACUCCUACAUUUUUUUCUCAAUAGGAACUGCUUUCCCAAAGACUGUGACGCCUUCUUGAAGAUACUGGAAUUAAUGUCUCUUAAGGAUCCUUUAAACAAAACCAGCUCUGGUCAGGGGGACGAAGAGCAGGGACAGGAAGCUUAGUGUAGAUGGAUAGAUGACUUGGGACAGAGAAAUAUUUAAGUAAGUUAAAAGGAAAAAAUCAGAAAAAAAAAUCACACUAUGCUCAUUACAGCUGGUCAUGUUUCUUUGUGUAAAGGUAUCAUGUUAAUUAAAUGUCAUUCAUUAUUUUUUGUUAAACUGUGUGAAAUGUAAAACCUGUCAUUUAUAUUUAAUAAAAUGUAACAAGCUUAAAAA